GACGCGGUCGCCUUGGCGUUGCAGGGGGUUGGGUGGGGCGGCGCGGGCAGGCGUUCUGCGCGGGGCAGCGCGCCGCUGUUUCUCUCUUCCUCUCCCAGUGGAGCGGCGCGGGGGUCAGUGGGGAGGCCCCGGCUCCCUCCGGACAGAGGAGGUGGCGGCUAGUCUCCGUGGCCCUGCCAGGAGGGAAAGUGACGCAGCGGUCUUCUCGGGGCGACGCGGAGAGCAGCAGUUCCAGAGAACUGCUGGUUUAUAUUUUAACUCUUGCCAAGUUGUGAAAAUAGUGAAGGAUGUUUAGACUACUUAACAUUCACAUUGCUCUCUGGUUAAUCAUCUUUAGAAGACUGGAUGUCUGGAUAUCUCUAUUGACUUUUAAAACGUGAUAAUGCAAACCUGUAACACUGGCAAUCAUCCACGAACCUUUAAUUACAUUGAUUGAUAGCGUUUGAAGCUUCCUCCACAAUAAACAAUGGAGUGGAUUGACAGUGGAGGUUCUAUUCUGGAGCUUCCCAGGAAUGGAGUAGAAAAUCAAGAGGAAAGUAGAAACGUUUCUGGAUACCCAGCCGUGAUAAUGGAGCCAGUUCCAAGUGCCAGAUUAAAGCAGGGUUACGCAGCCCAGGUUCUGGUCUAUGAUGAUGAGACAUAUGACACAAGAUGUGGCAGAAGAACAAGGAGCUGAGACGGAGAAUGUAGAAACAGUGGAAGCAUCAGUUCAUAGCAGUAAUGCAUACUGUACAGACAAGACAAUUGAAGCUGCUGAAGCCCUGCCUCAUAUGGAAUCUCCUACCUGCUUAAGAGAUUCAGGAAGUCCUGUGGAAGUGUUUGUUCCUCCUUGUGUAUCAACUCCAGAAUUUAUCCAUGCUGCUAUGAGGACAGAUGUCAUUAUAGAAACUGUAGUGGAGGUGUCAACUGAAGAAUCUGAACCAAUGGAUAUCUCUCUUAUUCCUACAUCACUGGAUAGCCAUGAACCAAUGAAAAAGAAAAAAGUGGGCCAUAGGCCAAAGACCCAGCAAUCGCCAAUUUCCAAUGGGUCUCCCAAGUUAGAUAUAAAGAAGAAACUCAGAGAAGGAAAAGGAAACACAACCUAUUUAUGGGAAUUUCUUUUAGAUCUACUUCAAGAUAAAAAUACUUGUCCCUGGUAUAUUAAGUGGACUCAGAGAGAAAAAGGCACAUUCAAGCUUGUGGAUUCAAAGGCUGUCUCUAAGCUCUGAAGAAAGCAUAAGAACAAGCCAGACAUGAACUGUGAACCUAUGGGCCAAGCUUUGAGAUAUUAUUACCAAAGGGGAAUUCUUGCAAAGGCUGAAGGACAGAGGCUUGUAUAUCAGUUCAAGGAUAUGCCCCAAAACGUAGUGGUCACAGAUGAUGACAAAAGCGAAACCUGUAAUGAAGAUUUAGCAGCAGCUACUGAUGAAAAAUCAUUAGAACGAGUGUCACUGUCCGCAGAAAGUCUCUUGAAAGCAGCAACUUCUGUUCGCGGUGGGACAAACUCAUCUCCUCCAAACUGCUCCAGAGCAGAGAAGGGUGUAGCUAGGGUCGUGAACAUCACUCCCCUGUUAUAAUGAACAUCGCUGGGUCAGAAAAUCUCAACUGUGGCAGUUCAGUCAGUUAAUGCAGGUGCACCAUUAAUAACCAGCACUGGUCCAACAACAGUAACCUCUCCAAAGGUAGUUAUUCAGAUAACCCCUGCUGUGAUGCCAGCCUCUACUGAAAAUGGAGACAAAAUCACCAUGCCGUCUGCCAAAAUUAUUACCAUCCCAGCUACACAACUUGAACAGUGUCAACUGCAGACGAAGUCAAAUCUGACUGGAUCCGGAAGCAUUAACAUUGUUGGAAACCCACUGGCUGUGAGAGUGCUUACCCCUGUUUCAAUCGCCCAUGGUGCACCUGUAAUGAGACUGUCAGUGCCUCCUCAACAGGCAUCUGGCCAGACUCUUCCCCAAGCUGUCAGUGUCAUAAGAGGGCCAGAGGUUAAAUCAGAAACACUGGCAAAAAAGCAGGAACAUGAUGUGAAAACUUUGCAGCUGGUACAAGAAGAAAAACUGGCAGAUGGAAAUAAGACAGUGACCCACAUAGUGGUUGUCAGUGGGCCUUCGGCUCUUGACCUUCCUGUAACUGUGAAAAUGGGAGGACUGGUAACAUGA